AAGAUAUUACAAUGCAUUCAGACUAUGCCAUACGCAAAAACACAAAAUUUCCCGCCUGACACCUAUCAUUUCAUGCGCGGCGCCAUGUUGUCAUUGGGGAGACGCUCUAGCUGCUAGACCUCUGCCACUGCUUUAAAACAGAGCCACCGAGGAGAGCUGCUGGCUCUACCUUUUGUGUGCCAAGUCACACAACACCGUCAAAAUUACCCGAAGACGGAGAGGACGAAGGCGCAAGGGAGCGUCGACGAUGGAGGCCAACGCAGCAUCACCACCAGAGGCAUCAGGGGCAGGGGCAGUGGCAGCAAUAUUGGCAGGAAAACCAGACCCAGUAGAAGCCUCAGCAGGAAUUGAUGCGAUAAUAGCAACGGUCGCAGCAGAGGCAUCAGCGGUAGUAGCGGAAGUAGCGGCAAGCUCAAGGAAGAAGAAAAAUCCGAAGGCAGAAGCUGGUGGGCAGGACACUGGAGAGGAAGAGGAAGGCCUAAGCGAGGAGAUGAAGGCGAAAAUAGAGGCUGCGAAACAGAAGACGCUGAAUGCUCUUAAUGUUGUCAGGGGCACCUUGGAUGGCCUCUCGAAUUAUCAACAGCAGCUGCAUCAGUUAGGGGACGAACAGCUGAGGCUUGAAGAGCAGAUGAAGGAGGCAAUAGAGAACUCGAGGAGAAUGAGGGCCAGGAUCAGGGAGGAGCAGGAGAGAGUAAUUGCACUCCAAGAACAAGCGCAUGUCAUGGAGCCAGAGGAUGACGGGGAGGGGCGAAGAGUCUAAUGGACUAAUUUACUGUUACUACUUUUAUUGUUAUUUUUUUAUUGUAAUUUCUGUUCUUUAUCAUCCCUAGUAGCAACAGCACUUGUUGCAUUAGCAGCAUUAGUAGUAGAUUUCACAGUGUCGUCAUUCCAAGGACAUUUCACAGUUAUUCUUCCCUCAUGCACCGCAGACAUAAAAUUACGUGUGUAAGGGAGAGAGUCUUGACAUAUUAAGUUUUUUAUUUAUUUAAGUGGUUUUGAUGUCUUCAUUUACAACAUUACUUGGUUUUUCAUUCAUUAUUUUUAUUUUUAUUUAUUUAUUUAUUUAUUUAUUUAUUCUUUUUUUUAACUAGUAUGUUAUGUGUGUGUGUGUGUGUGUGUGUGUGUGUGUGUGUGUGUGUGUGUGUGUGUGUGUGUGUGUGAGUGAGUGCUUGAGAGACGGAGCAGAUUUGCGCUCUCUUUAUUCGACACGCCAGCUUGUAAAGGAUUAGUCUGUGUUCAAGAAGGAAGUUAAUAAAGAGAGGAGACAAGGAAAAAAAAA